AUGGCUUGGGCUUGUAAGCCUAAACAUGUGUAUGUGUCUUAUGCACAAGCCAAGGCUCUCACAGACAAUAACAUUAAACUAGAUGUUUUGAAGAGGUAUCUUAUCUUAAUAUCCUCUGAGGCUUGCUAUCAUGACACAUCUGCAGUGACAGAUGAGCUAGUUCAGAUUAUUCUACAGCCAGGGCUUGAUCCAGGCGCAGUGGAUGUAUUCCUUGAGUUCAUCUGCUACUCUGGAGGACCUCUACCUGAAGAGUUGCUUCCAUUGGUGAAGUGUCCAGUUUUGGUAGCAUGGGGGGAGAAGGACCCAUGGGAGCCUGUGGAGCUUGGAAGAGCAUAUGCAUCUUUUGAUACAGUUGAAGAUUUUGUUGUCUUGCCAGAUGUUGGACACUGCCCUCAGGAUGAAGCACCUGAGCUUGUAAAUCCACUUGUCCAAUCAUUUGUUGAGCGUCAUAGUUAG